AACACCUUUCAUAGAAUGGAGGAGCAACAACCAUUUCUUUAUUAAUUCCUCUCUCUGUUGCAGUCUGAUAUCCUCCAUGACGGACAUAGAAGCAUCUGACACUACGUCCCCCACUAACAUCAAAGAUACAUCUCCUGCCCCUUUAAGCACCGGAAUGAACACCAGCAAGCACGACGUCUUCAGGAAGUUCCUGGACACGAGCAUCAAUGACCAGGAGCAGCUGCAGAAGCUGAACCUUCGCUUCGCCAAGUACAUCAAGACGGUCCGCUUCCUGGAGAAGCAGAACCAGAAGCUGGUGAUGGAGAUGGACGGUCUGAAAGGCCACAAGUUCAACCACAUCACUGGAAUGUACGAGGAGGAGCUGAACAAGCUGAGGAAGCAGGUGGAGCUCCAGGCUAAUGAGAGGUCACGGCUGGAGGUGGAGCUGAGUGAGCUAAAUGAAAGAUUGCAGGAGGAGACUCUUCAAAAAGAAGAAGCAAAGAGGACUCUAACAGCGCUGAAGAUGAAUCUGGAUGCUCCAAUUAUGGCUUGCAAGGUUCUGGAGAACAAGAUCAAGGUUCUGCAGGAGGAAAAGGAAUUCCAGAGGAAGAUUCUUGAAGAGAAGGUUCGUAAUCUGCAGGAACAGAUAAAUGAGAUGAAGAGCUUCGAUGAGGUGGACACGUCCCAACCCAAAAUAGCGGAUACACUGAGAGAUGUGAAGAAACAUUAUAACGACCUAGCCAGGAUGAAUAAAAGUGAAGCUGAGAAGCAGUACAAGUCCUCGAUGCUCAUCAUGAACCAGACAAUGAGUAAGAACACCGAAGAGCUGAACAAGAGUCGCCAGGACAUCUCAGAGCUCACGCAGCAGAACCGGAAACACAUCAGGGAGAUCGAGUCCCUCAAAGUCAUCAAUGAUGCCCUGAAGAAGCAGAUAAAGGACAUGGAGGAAUGCCACACAGAGGAGGUCAGUGGCUUCCAGAAGACCAUCGUAAGUCUGGAGACACGGGUCAUCAUCAUGACGGAUGAGAAGGAGCACCAGAUCCAGGAGUAUGAAAAUCUGCUCGGAGUCAAAGUGCAGCUGGAUGAGGAGAUUGCCAUCUACAGGAAACUGCUGGAAGGGGAAGAGAGCAGGAUUAACCCGUCUGAGACAAGCAGUGGAAUUCAGAGCUCCCAAGGUACAACAACGAUGGACGGAGAGGGGAAUGAUGACACUGAAGAAUCAACUUCUGAAUACUCUGAUUCAGACGUCAACUACAUAAAUGAAGCAGAGGAGGUGGAGACGGCGGACCAUGUGUGGAUGAGCUGAGCAGGAGGAUGUCUAACCUGCAGAGGACAAGAAGACACACACAAACACUGUUGUCCCUGCUGUGUUGAAUAGAAACCACAGAGACAAACAUGUCCAAAAAUGAUCAUUGUUGAUCUGAGGCCAAAUAUUUUAAAGGCAUAAUUUUGCAACUUUUUUCAUCUUUUUAAAUGAUUUUCUUGAACCAGUAUGUGCUAAAAUAACACUUUACAGGGUUAAUGAAAUAUCAUUGCCCGUUGUGAGCAGGAUACCCCGUUUGCAGCUCAGCGUCUCCGGACCGCUCCCCUGAAGUCUCACAAGUUGCCUUUUAUGGCAAUCAAUAGGCGUGUUUCCACUACAAGAACUUCAGGUAGAUUUAAAGGAACCUCCCGACAUGCGCGCGUCUCCGCCUGACCGGGCCGUUUUAAGGAACCUUCUGAGUACCUGGUCAGGAGUAGGUACUCCGAACGGCCCGGUGAAGUAGCUCCAGUUAACUCAAGCUGAUUGGUUGUAACUCAACAGGAAAUGACAUCAGCAGAUGUCCAAAACAACCGGCAGCAGUAAAAUUAGAAGAGGAGCUUUUGAAGCAGAAUGGAAGCAAAUAAAUGAAUAAAUAAAGCACCGAUGCGUUUAAAAUAUAAAUCCAGACACCGGAAAACCUGGUGGAAUUCCUUCACAGCUGUUGAAAUAAACUGGGAAAUUCCCCCACAGACUUAAUUAAAGGGGCAUGUCUCACAAAACUCAGAGCUGCUCUUGUCCUCUGAAUGGAUACAAUUAUUAUAUACACCUAUAAAAUAAAUGCUUUCAAUAUUAUUAAUGUUACUUUGGGCACUUUUUGGGGCUGAUCAGUGACAUCACUCACCGCCAAAGCAGUCGUGAUACGCUGACGUCUCUGCAAGUUCUGAGAGGGCUGGACAUGAAUGGAGACACAACAGCUGAGAGGACUGGGACAUCCUAUCUCCUGGUCAAGUUCCCCAUCCCAGGAACUACCCUGGAGUUCUGGUAAUGGAAACAUGCCUAAUGUUUACACCUCAGAAGUGAUGAGCUAUACCCGAUUAGUGUUUAUUUUAAAGUGUUUAUCACAGUGGAGCCUCAGAAGAGACAAAGAAAACAAUUAUCUGACUAAGCUAAAAAAGUAAAAGGAAUGUCCGACCACAACAGGAGAAAACAUUGAAUAUUUUCUGAAUCGUGAGAGUUCAGAGACAUGAUCACUAAAAUGGAUCUCGUCAGUUGCUCACUCAACGCGGUUGAUAACAUUUUUUCAAUCAUGAGAGCGAGAGAAGGGACAGACCCAGUUGGACACAUCGUUGACUCCUGGAAACAGUGGAACUUGAUUUGUCUAUCUCAGCUGUCUGUGGAGGACUCUGAAGACGUGUGGAUAUUAGUGGUGUUGGUGUCGGGUUUCCUGCUGAUCGACAUUGGAGGCUACCUGGCUUACCGGAAAAUUAACGAACUGUAGAGGAAUAUUGGCCUGAUCCCCGAGCUCAGAGAUGGAUUGCACCACGCUGUGAGUUCACAGACUCACAUAGAUGAAUCGUAAGCUUGGAACUUUGGCCGAGAUUCAUUCAUUGGCACAGAAGAUGGAUGGCAUCAAGGAGAGAGUGGACGAAUCAGCACGGAUUGGGAUAGAUUAAUGUCCAUUAUUGGGAUUUUGAGAGGUUGAGGACCAACAAAUUGUAAGACAGAGAGGAAAUUAUCUCUUUCUGGCCCCAAAACAAUUUCUAAUCCGAAUCUGGCGCCCUUGAGCCUGCAAGGCUACAACAAUCUCCCCCCCUCCCUCAGAAGAUAUGUGGAAUGCGCCGUCGAUAUGGCAACUCAACUCUGUCUCCUAUCCCAGCCUGGGCGGCUGCUGUCUCGGUUUCUUGUUUAGUAAAUGCACCAAUAUUCAUUUGUUAUGUAACGUGAUGUAAGCUUACCCCGGGUCUGUUUGGUAGUUCAGGGAAAUCACACCUUCGUAAUAAAUUGAGACAGAGGCAAAAUGUAGUUAAUAAAAAUCCAUUUAAAACU